ACGACCGGAUUUCGAAAGGGGGGACAUGUGGAAGCCUCAUUAUAAAACUAAAUUGAAUUGCCGGCCGGCUUUCAGUCGACUUGUGACGUUCAUUUAAGCGUGUCUCCAGUUUGAUUGCAGUGUAAAACUUUCCAUACAAAAUGACGAUUGACUUCUACUAUGUGCCUGGCAGUGCUCCAUGCCGCGCCGUUCUCUUGGCCGCCAAAGCCGUUGGCAUCGAGUUGAAUCUCCAUCAUGUGGAUCUGAUGAAGGGCGAGCAAUUGGCUCCUGAAUUUGUUAAGAUGAAUCCUCAACACACAGUGCCCACUGUGAAUGACAAUGGCUUCUGUCUAUGGGAAAGCCGUGCUAUCAUGAGUUACUUCGCCAGUCAAUAUGGCAAGGACGAAUGCUUGUAUCCCAAGGACGCCAAGAAGCGUGCUCUUGUUGAUCAACGCAUGUAUUUCGACAUGGGAACACUCUACGCACGUUUUGCUGAUUAUUACUACCCUGUAAUGUUUGCUGGUGGUGCCUACGACCCUGCCAAGUUGACCAAAAUCCAGGAAGCCUUCCAACUCUUCGAAACUUUCUUGGGCUGCUCUCCCUACGCCGCCGGUGAUUGUUUAACUCUUGCGGAUUUGACUCUGGUUGCUACUGUGACCACCUUCGAAGCCGUCGGUUUUGACCUCACCCCCUACCCGAAGGUCUGCGCUUGGCUCGCCAAGAUCAAAUCCGAAGCUGUUGGCUACGAAGAGGCCAACGGCAAGAACGCACUGCUCUUCAAGCAAUUGUUUGAGCAAUGCACCAAGGGCAAAUAAAUACUUUGUUUUAAGAUAAUAUCAUGCACGUUAUACACGCAAAUUGUUCACGAAAGUUAAUUACCUGUAAUUGAAUAUUAUAUUUUUUUAUAAAUCUGUUUGUUUUCGGAUAGUGUUUGAGAUGUUAGAGGUUGUAAUAUGGAAAGAUAACUGUUUUAAUGACAAUUGUACUAAGUAUCACUUUGUAAUCACUGUGUUCAACACACUUAUGUGUAAUACAUUCUAAAUUAUAAACAAAA